AUGGUGCGCGCGUCCGUGCACAACAAGAAGCUCCAGGAGGAGAUGCGGUCCCACGAGGGCAGCCAGACGCCGCGGUCGAGCGCUUUGCGCAAGAUCACCAAGUCGGCGCUGACGCACAACCGCGGCCGCGACCGCGAGCAGCUCCGCGCGUUCCAGGGCCGCGGCAUGGACAGCGCGGGCUUCCGGCUCCAGUGGAACAAGGCCUUCCCCUACCAGAAGCUCACGCUACAGGAGGCGCGGGCGGUGCUGCCGCAGUUCGACAAGGACGGGUCCGGCAAGGUCGACGGCGCGGAGUUCCUCAUCGAGUUCUUCACCAUCGGCUUCGACGCGAAGCGCGAGAGCGGCCGCAAGCACCGCGAGCUCACGGCGAAGAUCCACAAGAAGGUCGCGGACCGCGAGGUCGCGCUCGUCCGCAAGGACGAGGAGCGGAUGAUGGCCGCCGCGCGGAGCGACUUCACGGACGAGGACGUCCGGCGGGCGCGGGCGAAGCUCACGGCGGCGUCCAUCGCGUACAAGACCGCCGGCGGCCGCGCGGCGGGCGCCGCGGGGCUCCGGGGCUUCGUCGGGUCCUCGAUGCCGCCGGCGAUCCUGCGGGAGCAGCUCAAGCACACGUUCAGCCUCCACCUGACGAAGCGCGAGCUCGGCGCCCUCUUCAAGGACGUCGACACCGACGGGUCGGGCACCGUGGACGGCGCCGAGUUCCUCAUGCACUUCUUCCGGCUCGGCAACCUCGAGCAGAAGCCUGCGCAGAAGCACAUGGCGCGCCGCGCGCAGGAGGAGGCGGAGAAGAAGUGGCUCGUCGAGGCCGCCGUGGCGGCCCACGACCGGGAGCUCGCGGAGAUCCAGGCGGGCGUCGUCGCGGCGGGCGCGGGCGCCUUCGGCCCCGCGGACGUGCGCUCCGCGUACGAGAAGAUCGGCGCGAGCUCCGUGCGCCUCGAGCGCGACCCGCCGAACCUGACGCCCUUCCGCGAGGGCGGGCCCCUCGCGCCCAACGAGUUCGUGCGCCAGAUCAACCGCGCCUACGACCUGCGCCUCGGCCGGCGCGAGGUCAACGCCGUCGUGACGUCGCUCAACGACGAGGCCUACGCGGAGGGCAAGUCCGACGGCUUCUCCGCGGGCGUCGACGGCGACCGCUUCCUGCGCCGCGUGCACCAGAUGCGCGCCAAGGCGCGGCGCGAGGUCCGCGUCACGCGGCCGCCCGUCGAGGGCGCGUGGACGCUCCGGCGCAAGUACGAGGACGCGCGGCCGAUCUCGUCCUACUCGAACCCGGACCUCGCGCUGCCCCACGACCGCGUCAACAUGUACGGCGAGUCCCUGCGGCCCCAGACGACGCCCUCGAAGCUCCGGAGCCCGGGCGCGCCGCGGCCGCGGCCGCACACGACGGGCGCCGCGGGCCGGUCGCGCCGUCGCGCGCCGUCGCCGCCGGGCUCGCCGGGCUUCGGCGUGCUGGGCAUCGACUUUUGA